UUGCAGAGCAACAGUUACUGUAACUUCAUAUCGAUUAUAUUAGCACGGCAAAUAUUAAUUACAAUCAUAAUUAAGGAGGAUGGAAACCGUGCUACGAGACCUGGAAACAAGAUCGACCAGAGUCUGUCUCGUCCUAUUACCACGCAUUCAUUGUCUUUGGACCAACAAGUAUUCUUCAGAAAGUGCGUAGAAACUGUCAUUGGUCCUUGUCCCGAAAAGAGAAGGGAAGUUUUACAUCUUCUGGCGUCAGACCCUGGCCUUCAAUCUCUAGUACCACGUUUCGCAGUAUUAAUAUUUGAAGGUGUUCGCUGUAAUAUAGCAGAACAGAAUCUCCCGGUGCUAAGAAAUAUCCUGAGACUCCUGAAAACAUUGAUUGACAACGUUCAAGUGAACCUGGAUAAAUGUUUGCAUGAUAUCAUCCCGGCGCUUUGUUCUUGUGUGGUAUGUCGAGAGUUAUGUGCUGAUCCAGAAGACAAGCGGCAUUUUCGUCUUCGAGAAUUUGCGGCCUCGAUCCUGGCCAUGAUUUGCAAAAGAACUCAUCUGGCCGACGUACGAGCUCGUAUCACUACCCUCCUCUGUCGAGUUUUCACUGAUUCGCGGGCGAAUUUAGCUUCUCUCUAUGGCGCAUUGUAUGCACUAGCAGAAUUGGGUUCUGAGGUAGGAGAAAAACAUCAGUUUUAUGACAUUGUGAACUGCAAACAGUCGCCGCUGUUGUUGUUCCGCGUUUGGAUCUUCUCAGGAAACGUAUUUUUUAGUUUGAAAGAAGGUCUACCGCCGAAUUCCAACGUUGCAAGAAGAGUCGUGCGACUGAUUGAGAAGAUGCUGACUCGGUUCGUGAGACAUCGAAAAACACCUGCUUUGAAUGAACUGGCCGAUUUCCAACGAGUGUUUCCAGGCUUUGGCGAGGCGGUUUAUAGGAAGCUAAAGGCAAGUGAACAACGAAAAGGUAGAACCAAUGAAAUCGGGAACCAAAAUGAAGCAGAGGGUGGGAAAGCGCAGGUCUCGGCUCACAAACGUUAUCCUCGUCUACCGCAAUUACCUAUGCGAGCACCAGGAAUCAUUCGCCCGACACAUGCAUCGGUAACAAAGCUCAGAAUGUUCAAGUAUAGUAAACGUCAUGAAGGUGGCGGAUUGUUCCGUCAAUCAACAUCGACACCAAAACCGCCGCAGUCUGUUCCGGACAGUGGUCAACACCUGGGAGGCCCUCAAGGUGGUCCGCAGCAUCAACUGCAUCAAGGCAUUAUAGCCCAGAAUGUCCGCGGUCCAGCUAUUCAGGCGCCAGGUCCAUUGCCAGCUGUAGUGGUCGAACCGGCAUUUCCACCUCGAAGACCUCCCCCAUCUAUGGUGGGAGAGCAACCAAGGGCUCAUCCAGCUGUCACAGUGGAACCGGCUUUCCCAAGAAGGCCACAGGGUCCACGAUGA